UUUGCCUCAGCCAUGCUCACACGAAGAUAAUCGAACUCCCCACCAUCCCGAACCUGAACGGGGUCAAAUUUAUACGGAGGGCUCCCCGGGGAAUGUAGAACCCACCUCAGGGCUAAGGGUGCUUGGAUCCGGGGCAUUAAUCAGGGCUAAUCACAGAGCCGGAAUAACUAUUAAUAUCGUUUAAUAGACCCCCCUUUCCCUUUGCCAUCAUGGUUCUCCUUGGCAGCAGCGUUCGCAGCCGCCUGAGGGUGAAAACGUGGGUGAUGGGGAAGUUGGUAAUGACUCCGCUGUUUUUUCUCAUGGCUCCUUUGGGCAACAGCUGUCCGCCCCCGGUAUACACUGUAGUUGAUUGCAGGGAAACCCUGUACCUCUCCCCUUCUUUCUCUGCUGAUUUUGCACUUUCCUCCUUGCUCACCACCAAGUGUAAUCAAUAGCAAAGCACUGACAGUACAUAGCAGUAGUGAAAUCUGAAAUAACUAAGAAUUAAUCAGGUACUGCAGCCAUGGAUCUGGCUGGGUAAAAUCCAACUGGGGAUUUCAGUUUCAUUCACCUACCCUGUUUUGGUGGUUUUCGUUUUUUUUUCCUCCCCCCCCCCCUUUUUCUAUAUUUGGGAAGCAACAUCACAAUUUUCCCUCCUUUUUCCUUUUCCUAAUCCCUUUUCUUAAAAGGGGGAAAAAUCCGGAUGGAUUUCAAGGAUUGGACUGGUGUCAGCUGUGUUUUAUUGCACACCUAAAUCCUGAUGAUAGAUUUUUCACUUCCCCUUCAAAGCCUUUUAUCUCGGCAAUUUAGCCAAAUGCGUUUUCCAGAAAGUUAGUUCGAAGUUUUUUCUCCUCUUUCCUUCCUUGCCUUCCCCUUUCCCACCUCUCCCCUAAACAUUAUUGUCCAAACAUGACUGGACAGCAACUUUUGUUUCUUGACCCUGUGGUAUGACAGUCUGCUAAUAUUGCCAGAAGGUGCAGUUUGGGGGUUACAGUUGUGAUUUUAGCUAUUCAAUCAUAUUAGCAGGAAAAAUGACUUGUUUCUGUUGUACUUGAGUCUUAAGAAAAAGUGCCCAUAGUUAGUGACAGUUUCCAAAGGCUUUAGUACCACCUGUGUUUCACAAUGGGGGACCCAAACUCCCGGAAGAAACAAGCUCUGAACAGACUGCGUGCUCAGCUUAGGAAGAAAAAAGAAUCUCUAGCUGACCAGUUUGACUUCAAGAUGUAUAUUGCCUUUGUGUUCAAGGAGAAGAAGAAAAAGUCAGCACUUUUUGAAGUGUCUGAGGUUAUACCAGUCAUGACAAAUAAUUAUGAAGAAAAUAUUCUGAAAGGUGUGCGAGAUUCCAGCUAUUCCUUGGAAAGUUCUAUAGAGCUUCUACAGAAGGAUGUGGUACAGCUCCAUGCUCCCCGAUACCAGUCUAUGAGAAGGGAUGUAAUUGGCUGUACUCAGGAGAUGGAUUUCAUUCUUUGGCCUCGGAAUGAUAUUGAGAAAAUUGUUUGUCUCCUGUUUUCUAGGUGGAAGGAAUCUGAUGAACCUUUUAGGCCUGUUCAGGCCAAAUUUGAAUUUCAUCACGGUGACUAUGAGAAACAGUUUCUGCAUGUACUGAGCCGCAAGGACAAGACAGGAAUUGUUGUCAACAAUCCUAACCAGUCAGUGUUUCUCUUCAUUGACAGACAGCAUUUGCAGACUCCAAAAAACAAAGCCACCAUCUUCAAGUUAUGCAGCAUCUGCCUCUACCUGCCACAGGAACAGCUCACCCACUGGGCAGUUGGCACCAUAGAGGAUCACCUCCGUCCUUAUAUGCCAGAGUAAAUAAGAGCAUUGACCAGCAAAAUGGAGAAGACCAGAGAAUGCAGCAGCGAUUUUCUUUUCUUGUUUUCUUACCACUUUUCUUUCAGAGUUUAAAGAAAAUGGACUCAUGCACAGAACACUAUGCAUUUUGAAACUUGUUCAUCCUGGAUUUAUUUUAAUCAUUUGUAUCACAGAACUUUAAAAAAAAAUUAGAUGUCUUCUGCACGGACUGUGUGAAAGAAGAUGCUUUGCAGACUGCUGCACUGCAUCGGCAUCUUACUCAAAUGUGAAGGAAGGACUAUUAUUGUACACUGAAAUGCUUAAUGUAUCUGAAAGCACAGGUGAUGCUCAGUGUUGUGGUCUUCAUGUUUGUGCUGGUUUUUGCCUCUGACAUCUGUCAUCAGUAUUGAGGGUGAGAGUGAAUGUAACAGGUAUAAAUAACAUUUAAAAACUUAAUAGCUUUGCUAUAAUCACCGUUGUUCCAGAGCACUGUCAGAUUCAUUCUAAUGACCAGAAUGGUUGUCACAAAAAGAAAUUACAACCAUGGGAAAGAAAUCUUAAUGAAAAAAGCAUCUCAUUGAGGUUAUUUCUGCCUCGUGUGCACUGGGCCAUGUUUGUUUUCUUGGUACUCAUUAGUACAUGUAUUUUUUUUCCCCAGAUCUCUUUCCCCGAGUUGCUGUUAUAGAGUACUCUGCUGUGUGCAGAUGCAUUUAUACACAUUAAAGCAGAUCUGGAGUCUGGCGUGGCUAAAUGCAGCUAUAAAACCAAGGAACAUUCAUAGCUGCAAAAACCAUCAUAAGUAGAGGACUUUUUGGUUUUUGUUUUGUUUUGGUGUUAGAAAAUUUAAUUACAAAUAAAAAAAUCCAGUGAAUUUUGCAGAAAUACUGGUUUCUACACCAUCCUAAAGAAGUUGAGUGUUUGGAAUAGAAAACAAAAUUAAAAGUGGGGAUCUUAUAUUGUAAAAAUAACCAGAGUGUCAAGAGUUCUGAAAGCAGAACUUGAUUGUGCAAUGACAUAAGGAAAGACUACUGUAUAGCUUUUUUUUUGUUUUUGUUUUUGUUUUUUUCUUUUAAAUGAAGAAAAGCUUUGCUUAAGGGUUGCAUACUUUUAUUGGAGUAAAUCGGAAUGAUCCUACUCCGUUGGAGUAAAACUAGUGCUUACUGGUUUUCAUUUGUAUUUAGCUUCUGGUUGGAAUUUGGGGGGGAGGGAAAUGAAACCUAAAUAAAAUAGGUGAAAGCUUC